CACAGGUCCUUUACCUCUUCCAGCAGCACAGCCUGGAGCCUGACUCCUCCCACACAGGAUCACCUUGGUGACGUAAUGUGACUCUGAGAUAGGUGGUGGUGAUAAGUGAGGUUCAGGUUCCUACAAUAUAAGAUCCGCUCAGCGUAUAUCUCCUAUAUAAGAUCAUUCUCCUGUUUGACCCAUCAAGGAUGGAUAUGGAUGUGGACAAGAUGGCAGAGAGUAUAAUAAAUCUCACCCUAGAGAUCCUCCUCUGGCUUACUGGAGAGGAAUACAUAGUAAUGAAGAAGACCUCUAGUGAGCAUUGUCAGGCCCCGGUAUCUGAAAGACGCGGAGGAAUCCUGAGCCCAAUAUCCAGGCCGACACCUCACAUCCCGAUACAUGAGAAAGUCAACAGAGAGAAGAUCCUAGAGCUCACCAACAAGAUUAUUGAGCUGCUGACUGGAGAGGUUCCUAUAAGGUGUCAGGAUGUCGCCAUCUUUUUCUCCAUGGAGGAGUCUGAGUAUUUAGAAGGACACAAAGAUCUGUACAAGAACGUUAUGAUGGAGGAUAACCAGCCACCAAUUAAAGAAGAGAGAACAACUCCCAGUCCUCUUCUUCUACAGGAGGAGAGAUUUCCUAGUCCUCUUCUUCUACAGGAUGGUUCAGAAGAACAUCAAAGCAUUCCAUAUGAUGAUCAGAUAGAUGGAAAUAAGCUUUUAAUUCUGGGUAAAGAUCUGACCAAUAUUAAGGCUGAAGAUACAUAUGUGAGGGGUGAUGAGCAGAUCAUAGAGGACAUUCCCACCGAUAACCACCCAGAUGACUGUACCAGGAGCUCAGAGAAACAUGUGAUAUCAGCUUUUAGAACAGAUGAUUGUGGUGUCACAGAAGAUAUACAUGAAGAGCAUGCCAUUAUCUCAGAUGUAUCCUCAGCCGUUACCAGCAAAGAUCUAUCAUCUGAUCCUUUAGAUGGAUUUCAAUCUUCUGAUUCAUCACAGACUGUUAUGCAAAAUAAACGCCACAGAAGAAGUGUUCAACAUCAAAGAAGUAAUAAAGGGGAUAAUGCUCUUUCAUGUUCAGAAUGUGGGAAAUGUUAUAAAUAUAAAUCAGAUCUUAUUAGACAUCAGAGAACUCACAUAGGAGAGAAGCCAUUUUCAUGUUCAGAAUGUGAAAAACAUUUUAAGUCUAAAUCACAUCUUGUUAUACAUCAGACAAAUCACACAGGGGAGAAGCCAUUUUCAUGUUCAGAAUGUGGGAAAUGGUUUUUUUAUAAAUCAGCUCUUGUUAUACAUCAGAGAAUUCACACAGGAGAGAAGCCAUUUUCAUGUUCAGAAUGUGGGAAAUGUUUUAUUUAUAAAUCAGCUCUUGUUGUACAUCAGAGAAUUCACACAGGGGAGAAGCCAUUUUCAUGUUCAGAAUGUGGGAAAUGUUGUAAAUCUAAAUCAGUUCUUACUACACAUGAGAGAACUCACAAAGGGGAGAAGCCAUUUUCAUGUUCAGAAUGUGGGAAAUGUUUUCAGCAUAUAUCACCUCUUCUUAACCAUCAGAGAAUUCACACAGGGGUGAAGCCAUUUUCAUGUUCAGAAUGUGGGAAAUGUUUUGCUUAUAAAUCAACUCUUGUUCGCCAUCAAAGAAUUCACACAGGGGAGAAGCCAUUUUCUUGUUUAGAAUGUGGGAAAUGUUUUACUGAUAAAUCAACUCUUGUAAAACAUCAGAGAACACACACAGGGGAGAAGCCAUUUUCUUGUUUAGAAUGUGGGCAAUGUUUUACUGAUAAAUCAGCACUUGUAAGACAUCAAAGAAUUCACACAGGGGAGAAGCCAUUUUCAUGUUUAGAAUGUGGGAAAUGUUUUCAGCAUGGCUCAUAUCUUCUUUGCCAUCAGAGAAUUCACACAGGGGAGAAGCCAUUUUCAUGUUCAGAAUGUGGCAAAUGUUUUAAGCAUAAAUGUGUUCUUGUUAGCCAUCAAAGAGUUCACACAGGGGAGAAGCCAUUUUCUUGUUUAGAAUGUGGGAAAUGUUUUACUGAUCAAUCAGCUCUUGCAAGACAUCAUAGAAUUCACACAGGGGAGAAGCCAUUUUCAUGUUCAGAAUGUGGGAAAUGUUUUCAGCAUAAAUCGCUUCUUCUUUCCCAUCAGAGAACUCACACAGGGGAGAAGCCAUUUUCUUGUUUAGAAUGUGGGAAAUGUUUUACUGAUCAAUCAGCUCUUGCAAAACAUCAUAGAAUUCACACAGGGGAGAAGCCAUUUUCAUGUUCAGAAUGUGGGAAAUGUUUUAAGCAUAAAUCGCUUCUUCUUUCCCAUCAGAGAAUUCACACAGGAGAGAUGCCAUUUUCAUGUUCAGAAUGUGAGAAAUGUUUUAAGCAUAAAUCACUUCUUCUUUCUCAUCAGAGAACUCACACAGGGGACAAGCCAUUUACUUGUUUAGAAUGUGGGAAAUCUUUCAUAACUAAAUCAAAUCUUGUUAAACAUCAGAGAAUUCACACUGGAAAGAAGCAAUUUUAAUGUUCAGAAUGUGGUAACUAGAGAUGAGCGAACUUUUGAAAAAUUCAAUUCUGCAGCUUGAUCAAAGUUCAACAAUAAAUUUUGGUUCAUUCUGAAUUAAUUUGUCACGAAUCAUUAUGUUAAAACCCCAUUCAGCCUAUCGGUCAAUAAGACAAUUUUUAACGGCCCCUUAGACCGAAGUGCACUCAUCUAACAGCCAUUAAAAAAGAUAAUACGCUAGUGCAAUAUGGCCUUUUGGAUUAAAACAAAUAAAUAAAUCACUCACCUCAUCCAUUUGCUCGCACAGGGGCUUUCCACUCCUGUCUUGAUUGAAAAAGACCUGCUGAAGGACCUGCGCUUAGCGUGAUGGCUUCACCAUGUGAUCAUGCUGGGAGAGCACAGUGACAUCAUCACACUGAGUGCAGGUCCUUCGACACAUUUUUUUUUUUUUUUUUUUUUAGCCAAGAGAGGAGCAGACUGCCUCUACGGAUUAGGAUAAAAUUAUUCGUAAUCAUGAAGCCCAAGGAAAUUUGGCUUCAGUUAAAAUCAAAAUUUUCCUAAAAUUCCGGCUGAAUUCCACUUCAGAUGGUUCACUUCACUGAACACUAGUAAUGACCAUAAAGCAGAUCUUGUUAGAUAUCGGAGAAUCCACAUGGGGAGAAAUUAUUUUCAUGCUCUGAAUGUGGAAAAUGAAAUAGAAUUCAGUCAAGUCUUAUCACACACCAGUGAAUUCACACAGGGCCGAAGCCACUGUCAUGUUCAGGAUGUCAUCUAUAACUGCACCCCAGAGAGCUAACAGAGAAAAAUGUUUUUUCUAACAAGGGAUUUUUUUAAAUUUUAAUUUGUCACCUUCCAAGAGCUAUAACUUUGAUUAACUCUAUGUAGCAGUAUGAGUUGUAGUUUUUAUGGUGCUAUUUUGGGGUACACAUGACCUAAUUAACUUUUUUUAAACUAUUUCUGGGAGAAAGAUGGGAAUAAACAUCAAUACUGUUUUUACGCUAUAAAAUUUGCAGCUUUUAUUUUUUGGCACAAAUGACAUAAUAACUUUAUUCAUUAUUUGAUAUAGUGAUACCAAAUACAUUUUUUAUUUUUUUUUAAGUUUUACUACUAUCGCACAAUAAAAACCUUUAUUUUUUUUAAAGUAGAAAAUGUUUUUGCAUCGCCAAAUCCUAAGACACAACUUUUUUUUUCUUCUUCUUUCCAAAGAGCUGUACGAAAGCUAGAUUUUUGCAGGAUGACUUGUAGUUUCCUUUUGUGGUACACAUUGACUUGAAUGGGCCUGCAAUCCGUAAGAUAUAUCAAAAGAUAGGACAUGUCUUAUUUUUUGCGGAGCAGAG